AUGAGCCACCAUUCCGACGAUCCGGUGAGGACCCCCUCGAGUUCUUCACCGAAGACAAGCGGGUUUUUGCGACUCGAUGAAUUGAUCCAGGAUCAAGGAGAAGUUGCACUGAUCAUUUCCACCGAUCAUGAUACCCCCCAUUUCCCACUUAUCGAAGCGUCCUCAGAUUUCCAUUCUCCAUCUCCCUCUCGUCGCGAUCUUUGUCUCAAGUACAUUAUGGCCUCCGAUUUGGGGCCCGAAAAUCAUCUCAAAAACAAUCUCGAUUCCGAUAUGUUGUCCUUAUUCUCCUCAGUCGUUCCCGGUUCUCUCCAUUCCACUGAUAUCGCCGACCCGGUCGCCAUUUUCGCCGCCAAGCGCAAGUACAAACCGGUCGCACAGAAAACACGACCAGUCUUGGCCGACCUCCCCGAAAAGUUCCGAAUCGUUCGGAACAUCCUCGGUGACCCUCUCGCUGCCCUUCCGACGCUGACACCGAACCCCCCACCCUUCACGCCGACCGGCAGAUACACAGCCGAACGACGCGACCUCAUCGACAAAGUCCACUCGGACGACUUCCUUUGGCCGGCCGAACAACAGCUCAUGCACCAUUUCAUGUGUCUACAAGAGAUGGGAUUUGCCUGGGACGAUUCGGAACGCGGACGUUUCCGCGAGGAUUUCUUUCCUCCAGUCAAUAUGCCGGUGGUCAAACACAAGCCCUGGGUUCAACGCAACAUUCCGAUUCCACCCGGUGAUGAGCAUGCACCCGCGCUAGGGUCCGAGGGAGGUCGUCGGGAAGCUUUGGGGAGAUACCGAACAGCGCUCGACAAGUACCGAAGAUGCCGACUUUUACCGAACACGAUCGGUCCCUACCCGACCGACGACAAGCCACCGAAGGACGUCCGGCAGCACUUGGGUCAGUUUGCCCACACUUCACGUACUUACCAUGACCGCAUAGGAGUGUUACGAUAA